GAUGUUGGAAAGGAUUAAAAUGAAACCCUAGGAAAUGUUUCAAUCUUGUAAUGAGAAGACAUUUUGCCUCUCUUCUCUUUGUAUUUGCAUUUUAUUCAUCAGCAUGAGAGGAGCAAAUGGUGUUUCAGUACCUAGGAUAUCGACAAUGUUGGGUAAAGGGAAGACCAUUGUAGAACCAAAGCAAGAACAACAGAUUGAUGCCUCUCUAAAUGUAUGCAUGGAGAAAGAAAACUACCCAAUUGCUCAGAAUGGUUUCUUCCGUCAAACUCAUCAUCGACAUGAGCUUGAUCUGAUUGCAGAAGAACUACUCAAUCCAACACCACUUUGUGUUAUUCCUUGCAAUGAGAGCUAUUUUCCUAGCCAUUUUGUUGAACAAAAGAAGAGUAUAAGUAGCCCCAGAGUGGCUUCUGAUGCUGAUAUUUUGGCUAUUGGUUAUUCAGCACUCAAUACUGAUGGUGAACCAGCAGAUGCAUCUGUAAAUGGGCAACAGAUUCUUCCUUGCUUAAGGCAAAUACCAGAUCGAGCCUUAUGUGCCAUUGCUGAACCUUACUCCCCAGUAAUAUUUUCUCAAAGAGAAGCCAGAAACCAAAAAGAUAAGCUCCGGAAAGCCAGGAUUUCACAAGGAAUUAGAGUAUUAAGAAGUAAUGUGCCAUGUUUUGGAUUUUCUGAUAAGGGUGACGAAGCAUCUGUAUUGGACGAUACAAUCGACUAUAUCAAGUAUCUGAAGCUUCAGCUGAAGUUGUUAAGUCAGAGCCGGUUGAGUGGUGAAUCUACUGCUUAUCCAUUCGUGCAUCUUGAGGGCUAUGGCCACUAUCUCCUUCAUCAGGGGGUAAGGAGUGACCCCCUAGAAGAUAUAAUUGGAGAUCUACUUGAGAUGAGGCCACAAGCUGCAAAUGAGCUUUUACAGAGCAAGGGACUGACUCUCUUGCCCAUGGAUUUUGCGUAUACCCUCCUUUGUACUACUUAAGAGGUCACCAACCAAAGCUUUGGAUGCCUACAUCUCAAGCUUACUCAAAAAAUUUGCCAAAUAUUACAAGCUCUACUUGGAACAUGUAAUAGUGAUCGAAGUCUUUAAGAUUAGGAAGAAUACGUUUAUUUCGUGGUGGGAAGUUUUGUAGUGAUUCCUAUCUGAUCGUUUUGCUGGAGUUCUCUUACUCUCUCUAUGCAUAUAAUGCUGAAUGCAAUAGAGAAUACAUGAAAAAAACUUACAUCUUAGUACGCUAUAUUGCAGAUGAUGAUCAAAUGUUUGCCAGUCUGUCUUGC